AUGACGGCUACCACUACAGAACAGACGACUACUACAACCAUUAGCAAGCAUGGAGCGGCGAAGAAGUGGCUGCAACGGCAUCUUCGCAAAGUGGCAUCGCGACAGACCUUGAAGAACGACGAGGGACCAAUUGAGAUACGGCGAAAACCAUCAGUCAGGCGGCCGCGUACGGCACCUUCAACUGGAGCAACACCGAGCCUGCAAGAUGCAACAGCAGUACCCCCGCUCCCGAUACUUGUAGAGCGGGUGUCGCCUCGACCGCCAGUUCUACCUCCUCUUCGCCCAGCGAGACCCGAUUCUGGCGUGAUACGGGACGUCAAUGCAUGGCUCGAUGCUAGCAUGAAUACGCCUUCACCCCCGCUCAUGGGAGGCCUUUCGUAUUGGAGAGCAGCGACAAAUGUAGGUGCCAAAGACUCAGCCGUGGCUCAGCAUGCUAUUCCCGUGAUUGGAGCACCCGAUGUCGUCAGACCAUCCACAGCCACCAGUCAACACGGAAAGUCGUUCCUUCGUUGCGCCAAAAAGAUGCAGGUCCAGAUGCCUUCGCUUUUACGAACCAAGUCGCAGCGCCAGGCAUGCCGGAAGCAGAUCAACAGACAGUCGGCAUCGAUGCCACUCUUAGCUAUCUCCUACGAGGACGUUGCGGAAGCCCCUGGUACCAUGCUCAUGUCCCGAUCUGGAUCGCUUCGUCGCCCCGUCACAAGGCCAUCGACACGACAUCCUUCGACGCGCGCCAGUGCGCUUCUGUCAAUCGACCAACAGUCGCAGCUACCCUCCCGGAUGGGCACGCCAGCGAGUGCACGACUCGGCGAUACAGAGAGCGUCUUUGAGCGCCGUCUCAAUGCCAUAUUUAUGCGCACGGCACGAAGCGCAGACAGUACCCGGCCAUCGACAGCAGCGGCCGGUCUCAUCCGCGAAGACUCUAUGGGCGACCUUUCCGACGCUCCGACAUACUUCUCGGGACCUCCACCACCUUCUUACCGGUCGCGCCCUGAGUCUCUGCUCAGCACUUCUUCUUUCGGCUGCAUCGAUGGCAUGAACCCUACACAACGACAGAUCAGUCAGCAGCGAGCGGCAUUACAACGGGGAAUGAGGUGCAAGCUGAAGAGAUUCGCUCAAGGACUUGCAACAUGA